UAAAAAAAAGUCAGUCCUUGGGUCGUUUUUAAAAAUGAAAUAAAAAUAAGGGAAGACUCUGGCUUUGUCCAAGAAGAAAAAGGAAGACUUCGGCUUAAUUAGGCAUUUAACCCCGACACACGGCAGAACAUUCCAAUAUCUGUUCCCAAUCACAUCCCCUUUAAAGAUUAGAUUAAAGUGUCCGAAGUCAAACCCACCUUUGACCUCUUCCCCGCUUCUCUGGAUUGGAGAGCUUCUCUUGGAAUCCGAUAAUGUCAAAAACCAUUAAUCUAAUAAAAGCCAACGCUUCUAACCCUAAGGUUUGGAUUGUGGCGGGAAUUACAGUGGCCGGAAUCCUACUUCUGGCUGACACCACUAGAAGGAGGAGGAGGAAAGCUAUCAUCAUCCAAAGACAAGAUUUUGGCGCUUUCUUGGAACGCUUCGACUUAAUCCCUUUCCCCCAGCCGCCAACUCCUCCCGCCAAACUUCCAUUACAAGGUCUAACAUUUGCCAUCAAGGACAUGUUCGUCAUUCCACAUCCUUUCUCUUUCUCCCUUGCUAUACUUUUGUUAUACUUUUGGUUUUCCCUUUCAAUCUUUUUCUUUCUUUCUUUUAAUGGUUGCAACAGAUUUGAUGUAAAAGGUUAUGUAACGGGGUUUGGGAAUCCCGAUUGGCGUAGAACACAUGAGCCGUCUGAUAAGAUGGCGCUGGUGCUUACUGCUUUGUUGCAAAACGGUGCUAAAUGUGUUGGCAAGACAGUCAUGGACGAACUGGCUUUUGGAAUAAGGGGGGAAAAUAAGCAUUAUGGAACACCUAUAAAUCCCAAAGUGCAGUCAAAUAUUCCAGGAGGUUCUUCAAGUGGUUCUGCUGUGGCAGUUGCAGCUGAAUUUGUGGACUUUGCUCUAGGUACUGAUACAAUUGGCUGCAUUAGAAUUCCGGCAUCCUUCUGUGGUAUUCUUGGCUUCCGUCCAUCUCAUCGAGCUGUAUCUACUAUUGGGCUUAUUCCACAUUCCCAAAGUUUGGAUACUAUUGGAUGGUUUGCUCGUGAUCCAUCUGUUCUACACCGUGUUGGACAUGUUUUACUUAAAGUAAAAGCAGUGGAACCUAAAAGGGAAAGGCGCCUUGUGUUUGCUGACGAUCUAUUCCAGCUUUCAAAGGUUACCAAGCAGAAGACAGUUUAUGUUGUUAGCAAAGCAAUAGAAAAGCUUUCUGGUUACCAGCCUCCCCAGCAUAUUAAUUUUUCUCAGUAUGUUGCUUCAAAUGUGCCCAGUCUAAAAGCUUUUGGUCAAAAUUCCACAAACCUGCAAUAUGGAAUUUCUGCUUUGAAAGCUCUUUCAUCAGUGAUGGUGUCAUUGCAAAGCUAUGAGUUCAAAACAAACCAUGAGGAAUGGGUUAAAAAUGUUAAACCAAGACUAGGACCUGAGAUUUCCCAUCGUGUUCUUGCAGCAAUCAACACUAAAUAUGAGAACGUGAAAGUUUUGUACAAAGUCGGGACAGAGAUGCGGGCUGCUCUGCAAAGUCUUCUUAAGGAUGAUGGAAUAUUAGUGAUUCCCACAAUUGUGGACCCUCCACCAAAGCUUAAUUCAAUGAAAGAUUAUUCCACUGAGUUUCAUGAUAGAGCCUGUGCAGUAUUGAGCAUUGCUAGCAUGUCAGGGGGCUGUCAGGCUUGUGUUCCAUUAGGAAAUGAUGCUGGUUGUCCUGUUUCUGUUUCGUUUGUCUCGUACCAUGGAGCAGAUAAAUUUCUUCUUGAUGCAGUUUUGGAUAUGUAUGCAUCUCUGCAAGACCAAGUCAGCAUUGCAUCCAAGUCCGUGCCAUUGCCUGAUGUCAAUGGUAAUAUGGAUGCUUCUCAAUGGUGAAGGAAAAGGUUAUCCGGAGUUCAAUUAUUGCUGUGAUGUGAAUGACAUGUAGAUCUUGAAAAGAUGCCAUUAGCUUGAUCUGCGCUAUAAAAUUGCAGAACUGAGCUACAGGAAAAGAAACUAUUUCAUAUCCAAAUUGCUAGUCAACAAGGAGGAGAAGCGACCAGAUAUUGAAAAGAAUGGGAUUGCAAGAAUGACACAUACGAAAGAAAUUUGCUAACUUAUUUCUUAAACAUGCAAAUCAUGUCUAAGCUAAGGGGAACUCUUCACUAUAUGAAAACCUUGGGUUUUAAGCAUAUCUGCAGGUCAUCUCCAACUGAUGGAUUUAGACGCCUAUCUUCAGCGCUGAACCAUCCCGAUAGAACGCCAAGAGUUGGUUAUGGGGUAACUGGUCAAACCGAGGUUCAAUUUUUUUUUCCUUUCAUUUUAUUUUACUUUUGAAAAUUAGGUGUAAAGGUUGAACACAGAUGACAUAUGGAUGUCUUGUAUAAAUUUGAUUUUCCUUUCUAUCAUUUCCUAAUGGAACACAAUUUAAAGAGGAAUAAA